AUGGAGGAUAAGAAAACAGCAGGACGUCAAAAAAUUCCAAUAGAAAAAAUACAAGAUGAAACUAAGCGGAAAGUCACAUUUUCCAAACGAUUGCCGUCCUUAUAUAAAAAUGCAAGUAAGAUUGUAAGGGCUUGUAACGUCGAUAUUGGAAUAAUUUCGUCUUGCCCAAGUGGUAGGAACCAAUAUUCAUACGUUCACCCAACUACUGCUGUAGUCAUUGAUCAUUUUGUGAACCCCACAAUGGAAUUAGAUCUGGGUACGAGACUUGUCGCCGAAAAUGCAAGGAACAUUGCAAUUGAAAACAACAUCAGAUUGAAUGAACUAGAGGCAAGGGAAGCAGCUGAAAAGGAAAAAGUACGUUCUUUAGAACAAAUGAACAAUGCUAGAGGAAAAUGUUGGUGGGAGUCCAUUGACCAAAUUGAUGCAGAGAAUCUGACAACAUUUGAAACUACAUUAAAUUUUGCCGAGGGUAUCUUAAAAGACCAAUUGAAGAAGCUAGAAAUUGGAACUUCGUCUUCCUCAGAGGCCCCCCCAGAAAAUGAAGAUAACUAA